AAUGAGCGGAAGUCAUAUAGUGAACACCUACCACAUCCGCCCUAGUUUUGAAUUAUUUGAAAAGUGUCACGUCGAUUUUGCAAGUUCUUACUUACUUAUCUUGGUAAUAACUUCAUAUUUUAAUUUUUUAUUGUUUUUGUGGUGUUUGAAGAGUGCGCUUAUUAUACUCGAUAAACCGGAGGACGUUAUUACGAAGCGUUUUGCCGUGGUGGCGACAAGUUCAGUUUAGCAGUAGCUGUUUUGGGUUCCUAUUAAAGCGAACUAACAUGUCCACGCUGUUCCCGUCCUUGUUUCCCCGAAUAACUGAGUCUCUGUGGUUCAAUUUGGACCGACCCUGCGUGGAUGAGACUGAGCUGCAGCAGCAGGAGCAACAGCAUCAAACCUGGUUGCAGAGCAUUGCUGAAAAAGACAACAAUCAGCUGCCCAUUGGGAAAACUAUUUUUGAGGGAGGAGGAUACGAAGAGGAGGAGGAGGAAGACGACGAGGACGAAGAGGACAGCGAGGACGACUCAGAAGACGAAGAAGACAUGCAGGACAUGGACGAGAUGAACGAUUACAACGAGUCACCCGAUGACGGCGAGAUCAAUGAGGUGGACAUGGAAGGACAAGACCAAGACCAAGACCAAUGGAUGAUUUAGGAAAGACUUUGGGACUUAUUUACACACACACUCACCAGCCAUGGCAAUAUUUCACCCCCACAUCAUUAAAUACAGCUGCCAAAUCUUUUAUGAUCCAACACAUGAGCUUCCGUUUUCAGAUAAGUAUUUUUUUCAACAAUGUCUUUAUUAUUGUGUUCCUCUUGGUCUGUUUUCAAUAGAUUGUGCUGGUGACUGCAUGCAUGCCCAUAGCAAAGCUAUGAGGCUCAUUGAUAGUUUGCUUUUCAUUUGCAUCAAUAAAUAGAUUAUUUUCAUUUAA